AUUUCCGCAAAGUUUGCGUCGAGUUUUUCAUUGAGAAAAAUUUAUUAUAUGAUGACAUAAUUCGCGACUAAAAACCAUGUUUGACGGCUCCUCUGACAACGAGAAUGGCCAGACCCCACUUACCAUGGACAGUUUGUUGUAUUAUUACAUGAAAACCAAGCGUUCAUGGAAAGAUUUACAAUACGCUGUGCGAACAUCUCGUUCUGUCCAACAAAAGCUGAUCAACAGAAUCCCAAGUAACUUUACCUUCUCUGGAGAUAGACUUUAUUUCCUUGCUGUUCCUCCUAACAGCAGAGAAAAUACUAUACACUACGUGGAUAUACCAGGACACGGAGCUAGUUGUGUAGGGGAAUGUCUAGAGUGGCAGCCAUUAUUGGAUAUCAAUCGACCUUUUGUUGGCUACUCGAAAGAGGAACAACUAAUGAGAGAGAGAAAAAGAUUAGGAUCUUUUGGUAUUACGUCUUAUGAUUAUUGUAACAUGUCAAGGAGAUUCCUGUUUUCUUCCUCGAAUAGUUUACACACCUUUAUAGAUAUUGGGAAAGAUAAGGAAAACUGUCAGUUACCAUUCAGCGUACAUGAGGUUCCUUCACAAACCAAUGAUACUAAAAUGGACUCUAAACUGUGUCCUAUUAACUCCAACUUAGCAGCAUUUAUCCAUCAUAAUGAUAUCUGGGUUACUAACCUAGAGACAGGACAAGAGUUACGACUAACACAUUCUAAUAAUGGAUCAACCAAUCCAAUAGAGGAAACAACAUCGUCUGGGGUGGCGUCCUUUGUGGCCCAGGAAGAGUUUGACAGAUAUACUGGUUACUGGUGGCAACCACAAUGCUUUAUCGAUGAAAAUAAAACUAUAAGUUACAAAAUAUUGUAUGAGGAGGUUGACGAGAGUAAUGUUGAAGUUCUCAACAUAGUGGCAUCCCCUGAGGGGGCUACACAAAUCAGUUCUGUAGACAGCUAUAGAUAUCCUAAAGCAGGUUCAAGCAAUGCAACAUCAAAGAUGAAGAUUGUGGAGUUUGCUAUUGAUCAGUCUGGACAGAUGUGUGACACAGUUAUGGUGUAUCAGCUGAUGGUGCCGUUAGAUGAAAUAUUUCCUAAUAUGGAAUAUGUGGUGCGAGCAGGGUGGUUGCCAGACGGACAGAGUGUAUGGGUACAACUGUUAUCCCGUAACCAGCAGCAUAUGACGAUGGUUCAAAUCCCAUUAGCUUGCUUUAGUCAUAUAGUUCCAUCAGAGUUUGACCUUAUAAGUUCAUCAGAUUCUUUACCCCUGAUGAAGGUCAUAGCAGAAGAUACCACUGACAUAUGGAUUAAUUUAUCAGAUAUUGUCUACUUCCUUAAAAAUGCAACAUCAGAGACUCAGUUCAUCUGGUCCAGUGAAUCCUCAGGUCACAGACAUCUGUAUUUGGCUACAGUCAACAGUCGUCAUGUGAUGUCACGAGGAAGAAGUAGAAGCUUCCUUGGACAGAAUUCUGUGUACUACCCCCUGGUGACUCAGCAGCAGUUAACAGACGGGGAUUGGGAGGUUGAUGGCAAGCAGAUUUGGGUUGAUGAAAGCAGAAAACUUGUUUAUUUUAUGGCGACCAAAGAAACACCACUAGAACAGCAUUUAUAUGUAGUGUCAUAUGAUGACCGUGUAGAGAAGACUAUUCAGAGACUUACUGAACCAGGAGCUUACCACACCAUUACCAUGAAUGAGGAUUUCACAAAAUUUGUGUCCCUGUCGUCAUCUGUGAAUGAAACACACAAAGCUGUAGUAUAUCAGAUCGACAAUGACGAGGUGUCUGUCAAUAAUAUUCCCAUGGUAACCAUUGAGCCAAUUGCCACUCUGCUGAAAUCUGAAGCUAUUGGAGCAGAAUCUUGUCCACCGGAAAUAUUUUCUUAUCAAAGCAAACAAGGACACCAAGCUUAUGGUUUGAUCUGCAAACCCCUGAACUUUGACCCUGGAGAAAAAUAUCCAACAAUACUGUACGUGUAUGGUGGACCACAAGUACAGUUGGUAACAAAUUCAUACAAAGGAGUGCGAUUUCUGAGGCUUCACACUUUAGCCAUGUUGGGCUAUGUAGUGGUGGUGAUUGACAGUCGUGGAUCUUCCAGAAGAGGACUGCACUUUGAAGGACAUAUAAAAAAUAGAAUGGGUAAAGUAGAGAUAGAAGAUCAAGUGGAGGGAUUGGAGUAUAUCGCCAAGACAACCAACUGCAUUGACAUGUCUAGAGUAGCUAUCCAUGGAUGGUCGUACGGUGGCUAUCUAUCUCUUUUUGGUCUAAUUCAGCGCCCAGACAUUUUCAAGGUUGCUAUUGCGGGUGCUCCUGUGACGACAUGGGAAGCAUACGACACAGGAUAUACAGAGCGUUACAUGUGGAUACCACAAGAGAACAGCAGAGCGUACAUGAUGAGCUCAGUUCUGUCUUAUGUAAAUAGUUUUCCUGAUGAGGAGAAUAGACUACUUCUAGUUCAUGGUCUGAUUGACGAGAACGUCCACUUCACCCACACCAGUUUGCUGAUCAAUGAGCUAGUCAAGGCCUGCAAGCCAUAUCGACUCAUAAUCUACCCAAAUGAAAGACAUGGAAUACGACAGACUGUCUCAUCAGAACACUACGAAACAUCUAUGUUAUCUUUCUUACAGAAUAAUCUUUAGUACUGAAGAUUUUCUUUUGUAAUUUUAUUCCUUUUGAGCUUCAAUAUAUUGCUGCAUUGCUUGAGAUCUUCUGAAGUGAGAAUUAUGCAUGCCACUGCCUCAUACAAGAGGCUAUCAAAAUGGUUAUAUGGUGCAUGGAGGUGGUCUUAGAUACCCUGUGCAACAUGCCUGCCUCAUACAAGAGGCUGUUAGGAUGCUGGUAUGGUGCAUGAAGGGGGUCUUAGAUACCCUGUAAAACAUGCCUGCCUCAUACAAGAGGCUGUCAGGAUGCUGGUAUGGUGCAUGGAGGCGGUCUUAGAUACCCUGUGCAACAUGCCUGCCUCAUACAAGAGGCUGUUAGGAUGCUGGUAUGAUGCAUGAAGGGGGUCUUAGAUACCCUGUAAAACAUGCCUGCCUCAUACAAGAGGCUGUCAGACUGCUGGUAUGGUGAAUUAAGGGGUCUUAGAUCCCUUGCACAGCAUGCUUGCCUUGUGCAAGAUACUCAGAUGAAACCAGUCCACUCUUGUGUGGUGUGAAUGUAAAACAUUUUAAUGCCACUGUAGAAAGUGAUUAUUUCUUAAAUUCAAUAAAAUUAUGUAUACUGAUCUAA